GAUCAAUAAGCAAUUAGAGUCGGUGGGCGGCUCAACCAACAAGCAACAAGUAAGCCAGCAAGCAAACAAUUGUCUGUUGACAAAAAAAACCUCAACCAAGUAACCAGUUUAUUGACUCAGCAUUGCUUUUGGCCAUUAGACGCACUUCAAUCGAGUCUUAUUGCUUAUUGCUUGGCCCUUCAAUUAUUUGAUUCGUCGGUUCCUGCCCCAAACUGCAUUACUUGCACUUUGACUGCGUCUGUCUUCGGUCUUCAUUCAGGGUCAUCGUCAUCAUCUUGCAAGGUUUUCGGUUACAGUUUUGAUUUCAUUUUCGUGUUCAGAUUUCCCAGUUUUAUGUUUCCCCACAGCGCAGCGUUAACCGUUUUAAUUAAGCAUUAAACUGACAGCAACAACAGCUGCGAGCAGCGCACUUUUCGGCCAAAACAAUUGUAUAUAAGCGCAGGCUUCACUUUUGGCAAUUAUCAGUCAACCACGUUCGCUAACAACAGCAACAACACAGACCAACAAACAAACAAAUCUCCUCAAAAUGUUCAAAUUGGUGGUGUUGUCUGCUCUCCUUGCCGUAGCUGUUGCUCGUCCCGGUCAUCUUUAUGAAUCUCCCGUAGUCUAUUCGGCGCCAGCUGCCACAAUUGUCCAAGAACCGGUGCUGGCCAAGGUCGGUGCUGUGGUCAAGAGCAUUCCCUCAUCGGUCUCCCAUCAGAGCCAAUCGGUGGUCCAUAGCGCUGCUCACUAUGUCGAGGAUGUGGUUGCACCUGUCGUCAAGUCCUAUGCUGCCCCAGUUGUCUCCAGCUACGUGGCUGCUCCAGCGCCAAUCAUCUCCAGCUAUGUGGCACCUGCUCCCAUUGUCAAGACUGUGGCCACCUAUGCCGCUGCUGCUCCAGUGCUGAAGACCAUUGCCACGCCCGUUGUCUACAAUGCUGGCUGGUAAAGCUUAGACUAGCGGACUAGUAACUGGACUAUUCUAUUACUGAUCCUAAAUAACCCAAAUUCGCCUGUAUAUAUUGCUUCAUCUGUUUAAUUGCGAGUAAAAUGUGAUUGUCAA